AUGUCUCGCCGAGCCGCCACCCAGAUCGGCCUCCUGUUUGCCCACGACCUCAUGUCCCAUCGUGGCGGCAGCCUCGAGCGUGUUGAGAACACCUUGGCGGCCUUCCGAUACUCUGCCCAGCAGCUCAAGGUGCCGCUGCUUGAGCUGGACGUCCAGCUGACUCGGGACGGCCAAGUCGUUAUUUUCCAUGACCAGAACAUGGAGCGUCUCACCGGCAUUCCCAACGUUCGGAUUCAAGACUAUGACUAUGCCGACCUGCCGCCUCUCCUGGUCCGCAAGGAGCUUGCCAAUGUCCCUGGGCUGACCCAGGAGCGAGAUGCCACGCGCAUUCCGCUGCUCGAGGAGCUUCUGAAAGAGUUUCCAAAGUACCCGAUGCAGAUCGACGUUAAGACCGGGCCGGAGGAGCUGGUGGUCAAGGUCGGCCGGCUCCUGCGCAAGUACGAGCGAGAGAACGUCACCGUCUGGGGAUCCUUCCGCCAUCCCGUCAACUCCUGCUGCCAUCACCACUUUCCCGAUAUCCCGCUCUUCUUUUCCUUCCAGCGGGCCCUGACUUCCUUUGCCCUCUACCACCUGGGCCUGGGUUGGAUCAUGACCUACUACGAGUCGGCCCUGAUCCUGCCGGACAUGUGGCUUUUCCUCCGUCCAGGGUGGUUUCGAUACCUGAACCGACACGGCAUCUCCGUGAUUGUGUUUGGGUCCGGGAGUGGGUCUAUCAACGACGUUGCCGGCUGGGAGCGAGUCCGGGCCGCUGGGGUGAACGGCAUCUGCUCGGACCGGCCGUCGCUGCUGCAGGAAUGGCUCGAGACCCAUCCUCUGGCUGGGGUCAGCGACGUCCGGAAGCAAGACUAG